AUGUCAGCCUUGCUCUGUUUCCUCUGUCUCUUCCCCAUUUUCUUAUUUUCUUUAUCCAUCUUCUCUAAAAAACACAAAAGAGGGAACCUUCCCCCGGGACCACAGAAGCUUCCGAUCAUUGGAAACCUACACAACCUCAAUGGAUUGGCUCACACAUGUUUUCGAAACCUCUCUCAAAAGUUCGGACCAGUGAUGCUUCUCCGUUUAGGAUACGUUCCCACCGUCGUGAUCUCAUCGAGAGAAGGCGCGGAGGAAGCUCUCAAGACCCACGAUCUUGAAUGUUGCAGCCGACCAGAGACGGUCGCGACCAGAAUGCUCUCAUACAACUUCAAAGAUAUCGGCUUCGCGCCUUAUGGUGAGGAAUGGAAAGCGUUAAGAAAGCUAGUUGUUGUGGAGCUUUUGAACGCGAAAAAACUCAAGUCCUUCAAGUAUAUUAGAGAGGAAGAGAAUGAUGUUUUGGUUAAGAAACUGAGAGAGUCUGCACUGACGGGAUCACCAGUGAAUCUCACAAAGGCCCUUUUCACGCUAGUCGCGAGUGUUUUCAUCGAUGAGGACAACGUUGCAGAUCUAGUUCACAAGUUUGAGUUGCUUAUUGAUGGUUUUGCGUUCUCUGAUUUCUUCCCUGGAGUGGGUUGGUUUAUCGACCAGAUAUCUGGACAGAACAAGACACUGAACAAUGUUUUCUCGGAACUAGACACAUUCUUCCAGAAAGUGCUCGAUGAACAUCUCAAGCCUGGAAGAAGAGUAUCAGAGAGCCCUGAUGUGGUUGAUGUGAUGGUUGAUCUGAUGAAAAAGCAAGGGAAAGAUGGUGACUCAUUCAAGCUCACCACUGAUCAUUUCAAAGGAAUCAUCUCGGAUAUAUUUCUAGCAGGUGUGAACACAAGCGCCAUCACUCUAGCCUGGGCCAUGACAGAGCUGAUCCGACACCCAAGAGUUAUGAAGAAAGUACAAGAUGAGAUUCGGACAAUACUCGGAGACAAGAAGGAGAGACUCACAGAAGAUGAUCUCAGCCAGCUUCACUACUUCAAGCUUGUGGUCAAAGAAACAUUCAGAUUACACCCAGCUGCUCCACUUUUACUUCCAAGAGAGACAAUGUCUGACAUCAAGAUCCAAGGUUAUGACAUCCCUGCUAAAACCCAGAUGAUCAUCAACAUUUACUCGAUCGCACGUGAUCCAAAACUUUGGACAAACCCAGAUGAGUUUAACCCUGAUAGGUUUCUGGAGAGUUCGAUAGAUUACAAAGGACUGAACUUUGAGAUGUUACCAUUUGGGUCUGGUAGGAGAAUAUGUCCAGGGAUGAUGAUGGGGAUAGCUAACGUGGAAAUGGGACUGUUGAACUUGCUCUACUUCUUCGACUGGGGAUUGCCUGAAGGGAAGACUGUGAGAGACAUGGACUUGGAAGAAACUGGAUCCAUCAUUGUCAGCAAGAAAGCAACUCUUGAGCUUGUUCCAUUUAUUCAUAACUGAAAUAGAGAUCAUGAAGCAAAAUAAUAAUGUAUUCUGAUUUUGUAAAAUAACAUAAUAAAGAAAUUGAAC